UUUUGUUGUUGUUGGUUUCGUGGGUGUUGAGAGAAGCAAACGGCGCAAUGUGAAUUUGUGUAAACAAAAUCGUUGAUAAGAUAUUCGCACGGAAUUACUCGAGACUCGCGCGACGUUUUCGCCGUUGGCAAGCCCAGAAAAAUUGCUUUAUCGAGUGGCUAAUUUGAGCCAGGCUUCAGUUCUUGCGCGCGUGUGUGUGUGUGUGUAUGUGUUUUAGGCCCUUGAGCGAAGCCCGAAAAAAAAGAAGUUUUUCUGUUACCAUAUUUUUUACCAAGGACCAAAGGGCGCAGCAUCUCUGCUCUCUAUCUUUCUCUCUCUUUUGACCGUUAAUGUGGGUUUUGCAACUCCAGUUAUUGUGUUAACAGCAGGUGAAAAAUUAAAACAUAAAAAAAGCAGCAAGAAGAGUGGGGAGAAAGAACCGAGAAGAAGCAGCAAAGCAGAACAACAAAAGUGACGCAUAAAUAAAGGUUGCUAAUUACAAAAGGCAAAUCGUUGCAUCAGAGCAUCAGGAAUGGAGCUGGAGCCGCGUGUGGCCAUCCUGCAGGACCUGCGUCUGCAGACCUUCGACUCCAUUCGAUUUGCCUCCUACCGCACAGCCUCCAAGCUGCGCUACAUACAGAAGUCGACGAACCUCCAUCUGGUGGACAUAUGGAAUGUGAUCGAGGCGUUCCGCGAGAAUGGCCUGAACACCCUGGAGCCGCAGAGCGAGGUGAGCGUGGCCAGGCUGGAAACUCUGGUCUCCUCGCUCUACCAUAACCUCAACAAGCGCCUGCCCACCGCCCAACAGGUGCCCGUGGACUCCAAAGCGGGUCUGCUGCUCAACUGGCUGCUGGCUGCCUACACAAGUGAUAAUUCGGGCAAGAUACGCGUGUUCUCCAUCAAGGUGGCUCUGGCCACCAUGUGCUCCGGCAAACUGGUGGACAAACUCAGAUACAUAUUCUCGCAGAUCUCGGACGGCGCUGGCCAGCUGGUGGCCUGGAAGCUGGGCGAGUUCUUGCGCGAAGUGCUGGCCCUGCCGGCGGCCGUGUACGAGUCGCCCACAUUCCACUACAAGGAGGGGCUCGAGGAGGAGAUCUUCCCGGCCGAGAACAAGGUGACGGUGAACGACUUUAUGGCCACGCUGAUGUCCGAGCCGGGGCCGUCCUGUCUCGUCUGGCUGCCGCUGGUGCACCGGCUGGCCACCGUGGAGACCAUUGUGCAUCCGACUGUCUGCUCUGUUUGCCACAAGGAAAACUUCACCGGGUUUCGUUAUCGCUGUCAGCGGUGUCACGCCUACCAGUUGUGUCAGGAGUGCUUCUGGCACGGCAAGACAUCGCUGAACCACCAGAACGAUCACGAGGUCAAGGAGUACUCGAGCUACAAGUCGCCCAGCAAACAGAUCGGCCACUCGCUGCGCAAGAGCUUCCGCUGUGUGCCCGAGAAGACGGUGCAGGUGCUCCCGCGCUUUCCCGACCAGCCGGAGAAGACGCUCAACCUGUCGCACAUCGUGCCGCCCUCGCCGCUGCCCUCGCACAACGGCUUCUCGGACCCCUCGGGCCUCGUACAUGGCCACCACGGCCCCCCGCAUCCGCAUCCGGGCAUUCCGGGCAUACCGGGCCAGCACCACGGCCUAUUCGAUCGCUCCAGCACGCUCGACUCGCGGGCCACCGGCCGCAGUCUGGACAGCGCCAGCGGCACCGCCGGCACCACCACCAUGUCCCGCGUGGCCGCCGCAUCCGCCAACGACGAGGAGCACCGCCUGAUCGCCCGCUAUGCCGCCAGAUUGGCCCAGGAGAACAGAGCGCCCUCCAACUUGCCGGACAGUGGCACCCCCAUUGGCACGGAUAAUUCGCGAGCCCAGCGCGAGCUGAUUGCCCAGCUGGAGUCCAAGAACAAGGAGAUCAUGCGGGAGAUAGCGCGUCUGAGGCGUCAGCAGGAGACGGAGCAGAUGGCCCCGGAGAAUCCGGCGCUGAUCAACGAGCUGCGGGCCCUGAGACAGCGGAAGGGAGAGCUGGAGGGUCACCUGGGCGCCCUGCAGGACUCGCGACGCCAGCUGAUGGAGCAGCUGGAGGGGCUGAUGCGCAUGCUUAAGAACCAGCAGACCGCCUCGCCCCGCUCAACGCCCAACUCGAGUCCUCGCUCCGGCAAGUCGCCACCCAUGCCCGGCGGAGCUGGCAUCCUGGGCACCUCGCCCAUGAGUGCCCUGCACGCCCAGCAGAUGCAGCAGCAUCCCAUGGCCGGCGGGGGAGGAGGAGGAGGAGGAGGUGGUGGUGGUGGAGUCAGGGCCACCCAGCAGCAACUCCUCCAACAGCAACAGCAGCAGCAGGCACAUGGACAUGGUCCGUUCAGCCAGAGCCAGCUGGAGCAGCUCAACCAGAUCAGCAGCGAUAUGCGCAGCGCCUUCGCCGCCAACGGAAGUGCAACGCCACCGCCAAUGCGCACCACCACUGUCAAUGCCAUUUCCAGCCUCAAUCCGAUUCAGAAUCCGAAUGCGAAUCUGAAUCCGAAUCCGAAUCCCGAUGCGGAGCUCAAUGAGGCCGCCGACCAUCUAACGUCGGCCAUUUCCCACAUGGUCAGCGACCUGAAUGCAGGCAAAUGCGAAUAGCCAAUGGCAGGAGCAGUUUGCACAAUGGAGUCUUAAUUCGCAAAAGAACUAGGAUCUGAAUACCGGAGGACUGGGAAUUUCCGGAGGCAGCUGAACAGAUGGACAGAAGACGAACUCUCGCUUAGCUUUUUACCUUACCAUACUUUACCUUAACUGAUAUGUUGAUCUAGAGCAAUUUAUUUAUUGAUUAUUUUAUUGAGCCGUAGCCUACACUACCUUAAUCAUUAUAAUUUAAACUUUGAGGAUUGGCAUCUACCCAGUAAUAUGUAUGUAAGCAUACAUAAAUAUGGAUCUAUAUGGAUAUUGAAGCAAGGUAUAUAUAAAUAUAUCUGAUAAAAAAGACUUGCAGUUGCACUGCUCUUUGAAGUCGCAAAUCCAUUGAAUCUCGUUUAAACUUUUACGAUCGCACUGCUAGGAAGGGGCAAAUAUGAGAUAUGGCGUUUUAAUUUUAGGUUUCCACAAUUUCGUAAUUGGCUUUUAGAUUUUGUAAGCGCCCGCGCCAGCGGUUAUUUAUUACCAUGAAACUUAACAAAUUGAAAAUCAAAUCACGUAAUGCGUAAUACAAAUACGAUAUAGACAUUUACAUAUUAUGUACUUAAUAACUAGCAACUUGUUGAGAACCUAAAAUCAAAUUCUAAAUGCUUAACAUUAUACACCUUGAGAUACGAUGAAGCCGACAACUAUUUGAGCCACACACAAAAACCCAAUGUUAAACACUAAAAUGAAGAACUAAACACGAUUUAUAUAUAUUAUCCAUUUAUAAUAUGCAUUCAUACAAGAAAAGUUAUACCAUAUAAUCGUAUUUGCAUAGAGCACGAGAUAGAGAAAAUCUGACAUUUAUAGAACUUAUACAUAACUACUGAAUAACAUUACAAAAGAGAAAACUAAAUAAAAAGGCAUUUUAAACAAUCACAAA